UAAAAACGUUUUGACGUCAGUAUAACAACAACCUGUCAUGACAGCUCGAAGACAGAAAUCGCCAGAACAAUAUUUUAUAUGAACACUUAUAAAGCCACAUCCACCUGAAUGUGAGAUUCACCCUAAAAGUCUGUGUGCGAUCCAGGGCGGGCAGGACAUUCCGACACCUGCCACCUAGCCAGCCGGAGAGACGGGGAACAGGAUUGGGAAGCAGGGCGAGGCGGGCCCCGCGGAGCCGGUGGAGAAGAUGGCCGGCAGCCCCGAGAAGAGCUCCACCGCGCAGGAGCUGAAGGAGCAGGGGAACCGGCUGUUCCUCUGCCGCAAGUACCAGGAGGCUGCUUCAUGCUACAGCAAAGCUAUCAACCGAAACCCGUCGGUGGCGGUGUACUACACCAACCGGGCGCUCUGCCACGUGAAGCUGCAGCAGUACGACAAAGCUCUGGCAGACUGCAAGCACGCGCUGGAGCUGGACAGUCAGUCGGUCAAGGCUCACUUCUUCCUGGGCCAGUGUCACCUGGAGCUGGAGAACUACGACGAGGCCAUCGGCAACCUGCAGAAAGCUUAUAACUUGGCGAAAGAGCAGAGGCUGAAUUUCGGAGAUGACAUCCCGAGCGCGCUGCGCAUCGCCAAGAAGAAACGCUGGAACAGCAUCGAGGAGAAGCGCAUCAACCAGGAGAACGAGCUUCACGCCUACCUGACCAAACUCAUUCUGGCCGAGAAGGAGCGAGAACUUGAAGAAUACAAAGAGAAACAGGAUGACAAUCAAAAUGGAGGCGAUGCUGGAAAAGUUUCAUCUAAACAUGAGAAGUAUUUAGUGGAGAUGGAAGAGCUUUUCUCUCAGGUGGAUGAGAAAAGAAAAAAGCGAGAAAUCCCAGAUUACCUUUGUGGAAAGAUCAGCUUUGAGCUGAUGCGGGAGCCGUGCAUCACGCCCAGCGGCAUCACCUACGACCGCAAAGACAUCGAGGAGCAUCUGCAGCGGGUGGGCCACUUCGACCCCGUCACCCGGAGCCCCCUGACCCAGGAUCAGCUGAUCCCCAACCUGGCCAUGAAGGAAGUGAUCGACGCCUUCAUCCAGGAGAACGGUUGGGUGGAGGAUUACUGAAGAGCCCGGCCCGUUUCCCCGUUUGGUUCGACGCUCAGAGCCUGGACCACACCAGACUGUAGAGAAGCAGAACAGCCUCACUGCAGACCCCCAAACCGGAGAAUCACUUCUUCUUCUGCAGUAAAUCUUCUCUCUCCGGCUCUGACGCUCAGUGUUAGCCGCCCGCCGCUCCCUUUAAGUUCACUCUUUUCCUCUUCAUCCUCCUCUUCGUCACACUGUUUUUGGGUCUCGGAUCGGGCGACCAGAUCGCGCUCAGGUCUCUGUUGCACUCUGCCUGCUUUCUCUCGUUCUCUGAAAGCGCCGCAGUCCAGUGUUUCCACCGAUUAUAAACACAGAAGAAACAAUCAGACUUUUUGUGUCGGGAUCCAUAAAGACGUUGGAGUUUUAUUUGAUGUUUCAUCCAAGUAUAUUUUAUGUAAUUCUUCAUGAAAAACGGACCAUCAGUCACUAAAAUGCCAAAAAGCUGUUGACUCAAAGGAAAAGGCAGUAAGUACCCCUGUCUUCCUGCAGGUGGCGCCUCUUACACACCUGUCCCGUCACUUUACUGUAAAACGUGGAGUAGAUUUAAGUAGAUCUCUUCUCCUUUGCAUAUCAAUCACACCCCGAUGCAGACAAUUAAGAUAAGUUGAAUGUAUGGUUUCUAUAUUUCUUUUUUUAUCAGAACAGUUAAGGUUUGAGGAAAAACCUCAAACUGGGAGCAGAAGAUGAAUUGCUGCAUUAAAACAAAACAUUUCCACGCUGCUGGAUAUGAGAUGAAACGCCAAAAUGUUUAAACCUGAGAGACGUUCAGCUGUUGCUGCGCUGUUUCUUCCCAGACGAUGUUUCUGGACGCUAACAUGAGGAGGAUCGCAUCAAGCAUGAAGUGCAUUUCCUUGAACUAGGACAAAUCUUUUCCCUGUCAGAAAGGACUUGAGGUUCAGCUGCACCACUGACUCAACGUCUGCCACUUCAGAUAAAACAUAAAAACAUGCUGGAAGAGUUAGAACAUCUUUAUCCAUACCUCAGUCCAAGUGUUUGCUUGCUGGAUUUCCAGCAUUUCUUGUAAUAAAACUGCAAAUACAGAAAAUAUUUUUGGUUUAGUUUCUAUUGCAAAUGUCUUAGACAUAAAAUAAGAUAAAACUAAGUAAUAUAAAUAUUUCAUCAAUAUUAAAGAUUCAUUGACUCAACAAGCUCAUAUAUUUUACAUAAGCUACUUAUCAGUUAGUUUUGUAUUAUUUGAACUGGACUGAUAUAUAUAACAGCCUUCGUUUUGUGUUUUUGCAGUGUAAGCAGCAUUGAUAAGUUGUUAACAUUUAUUCUUUCAUAAUAAUUUAGUUCCUCCAGUUGGUUUUUGGUAAAAUGAUUCUUUAUUCUCGGUGUGACCAGAUAAAUCCAACAUCCUUGAAAUGAAGUAAAUUAUUCCUUAUUGAAUGAUGUUUACACUGCAAAACAAUCUAACCAAGUUUAAUGCAAAUAUAUCGGUACAUUUCAAAUGAGACAAAACUGACUGUUCAACAAGAAACAGCGUCUUGUUUUAAGUUAAUAAUUCCUUACUAAGAUGAAAACAUUCUAGUUUUAUUAGCAGAUUAUUUAACUUACAGAAAAAUAUCUUGUCAUGUUGGAAAUAACCACUAAUGAAACUUUAGUUUUUCCACCCAUAUUAAAGAGUUACUGACUCAAAUCAAGUUCUUAUAUUUUGCUAAAAAGUUUCUUGUUUUGUCUUAUUUUAAUUUAUGUGUCCUGAGAUAUUUGCAGCAGAAACUAAACAAAAAUGUUUAGAUUUUGUGUUUUUGCAGUGAAUAAAAGGAGUUUUCAAUCCAGUGCUUGGUAGUUUUCAGCUGAAUGUGUCUGGUGAGUUCAGGCGGCCGGACGGUUUUUGUGCUGAGGUUCAGUUUUUGUACAUAAGUUGCUGGUGUUGCUCAGAUUUUAGUUCAUGAAAAGUUAGGAUUGUUUUCUUUGUCUGGAGAAAUCCUAGAAAUUAAUAAACUGUAUUAAAUGUAGAUAUGUUGAUAACAUGAA